AAUUUCCAAUUUUAUUAAUCAAAUCCUUCUGUGACGGAAAAGUAAUUCAAAUGGCUUUGAGAUUGCCUUUGUUGAAUUCCAAUUUUGCUUUGCCAACACUUCCUUCAAUUCGGCCUCUCAGCCGCCACUGACGACGCUCUCUCUCGCCGCACUAUGCAACAGCGUUUCCUCCCGUUUUCCAGUUAACCGUUUCGUCAUCUUCUUCCAUCGGAUUCGGUGAUGAAAGUCCCUCUCCUCAACCAGUUCUGAUUUAUAUUUUAUUGUAUAUUCUUCCUCCCAGCGAAAAUCCAGAUCAAAAAGCUUGUUGUUUUUCGUCCAAUCAUUGCCUCUCUAAUCCGGAAAAUAAAAAUAUUGGAUAGGAAUAGAUGGGGAAUUUGUUUGUGAAGAAGCCCAAAAUCACCGAGGUGGAUCGAGCGAUUCUCUCUCUGAAGACCCAGCGACGCAAGCUCGCCCAAUAUCAGCAACAGCUUGAUGCUGUCAUUGAAGCAGAAAAGCAAGCUGCAAGAGACUUGAUUCGUGAAAAGAAAAAGGACAGGGCCUUAUUAGCAUUGAAGAAGAAAAAGACGCAAGAAGAAUUAUUGAAGCAAGUUGAUACCUGGCUUAUUAACGUUGAGCAACAAUUGGCAGAUAUUGAACUGGCAAGCAAGCAGAAAGCUGUUUUUGAGAGCUUGAAGGCUGGUACUAAUGCGAUUCAAGCUAUUCAAAGUGAGAUCAACCUGGAUGAUGUUCAAAAACUAUUGGAUGAUACCACUGAAGCCAAAGCUUAUCAAGAUGAAAUUAAUGCAAUAUUGGGGGAGAAAUUAUCAGCAGAAGACGAAGAGGAGAUUUUAGCAGAAUUUGAGAACUUGGAAAGUCAGAUCAUCGUUCAAGAUCUGCCUAAUACACCUGAUGAACUCGAUGUGAAGUUGGACCUUCCAGAUGUACCAACCAAAGCACCAGUUGUACCUGAAGUGGUUUCAGAUGAUGCUGAAGUUUCCACCAAGAGAAAGGUUAUGGAGGAACCAUUGCCUGCUUGAUUGGGAAGUUGACAUUGACAUUGACAUAAUAUGGAGCUGUUUUCUUACUUCAAUGGACCAUCUCCUAGUGAACAGCAUCUAUGAAUUUGGUACCUCUAUUUUUUUUUUUGGUCAGUUUAUGGAUUCUUGCAAUUGUGUACCAUCUUUAAAUAUUCCCAUAUUGGGCUGUACAUUUGUGUAUCUUUACAAUGUUGUUCAUGUACAAAAUACUGGUCUCCGGAUCAUAUAAAAUUAUUUAUGUUUCUUGGUUAUUUA